AUUGUCGACAUUAUUGCUUACUUGCUGCACGAGGAGCCUUGCAAGAGGAAGGGGAUGUCUGAGCAGGACCAGCAGCCGCGGGACCGGGCGGCGGCCGAGCUGCCGGCCAAGUCGGCCUGCUCCUCUGGACCGGCGCCGGACCGCAGCACGCUGCUGUUGGAGCGGCUGUUCGGCGUCACGGGCCGGCGGCUGGCGGCGGCCGGCUCCGGGCCGGCGCCGCUGCUGCUGCCCGAGCUGGCCGCCUCCGGGGCGCCGCUCUCUCUGGACACGCUGCAGGAGGCGGUCUUUGAGCGGCUCAUGGUCACCGACCGGCCGGCAGACGAGGGCGACGCCUGGACCUACCUGGUGAGGUGCAGCGGCCGGGUGGCGGCCGAGACGUCCACCCAGCUGCCCGACGAACAGCGCGCCGCCGUCCGCGAGCUGAUCGUGCAGAACGGCUCCACCGUGCUCCAGCAGCCGGAUAUUUUCGGCAUGGAGAACCGGCGCAGCUUCUUCGAGUCGCUGCGCGCGCACCUGGCCAUCGACGGCUGGUUCGACGACUUCCUGCGCGCGGUGGUGCUGCGGCUCGUGGAGGAGGAGGCGCCGCUGCGCGACAUAUUCCAGGAGACGUUCCAGUACAUCCAACGGGUGGUCGGCGAGACCAAGGGCUCGCUGAUGAACAUGGACCGGUUCGUGUACAGCCUGGCCACGUUCAUGUCGACGAUGGCGCCGCUGGCCGAGACGCUGGUCUCCCUGAGCGAGGUGCCCGACACGCUGUCGCUGGGCGGCGUGCUCUACUGUCGCGUGCCGCUCGGCUCGCUGCUCUGGCCUUCGGCGCUGAACCCGGUCGGAGAGUUCUUCGACCAGCCGGUGACGCUGACCCAGCAGAGCGUCGACGUGGUCAACAGCAGCAUCUGGACGUCGGAGCGGUUCAUCGCCGAGACGGUGCACAAGGUGUUUGAGAACAUCCUGCGCUGCGGCGGCCGGGCGCGCCAGCUGCUGCUGCGCUGGAUCGCCGCCUGCCUGCGCGCCAACGCCGGCCGCGCCAAAAUCUGGCACACGGACAUGGACGGCAGCGGCGGCCACAUGGCGCCCGACGGCUUCAUGCUCAACCUGGGCUCGGUGCUGCUGCGGCUGUCGCUGCCGUUCGUUCGCGACCUGGACAGCCCCAAGCUGCUGGAGGUGGACCCGACCUACUGCGCCGCGCCGCUGCCCACCUCCGAGGAGCAGCAGGCGGCUCGGUGGCAGCACCUGGCUGACCUGGACAAGGAGACGUGCCUGGUGCCGAGGCCAGAGGACGCGCCGCCGCCCGCUCCGGGCAAGUUCAACUUCCGCACCGAGUGCUUCUACCUCUGUCAUAAGACGCUCCAGCUGGGACUCAAGGUGCUGCAGGACAAGCUGUCGAAGCUGAACGGCGAGCUGGGCCGGAUGCAGCGCGUGUACCGGGACGCGCUGACUCAGGCCGCCGGCCAGGACGCCGAGCUGGAGGGCAUCAAGGGCCGCUUCGAGGGUCUGAUGCAGCGCUACCUGUGCCUGAAGGCGGCGCUGACGGAGCCCAGCCGCACCGAGCACGCCUCGCAGUUCCUGACUGCCACGGCCGUGUGGCUGACGCAGCAGGCCGCCCGGCCCGCAGACGACGAGCCGCUGCGGAGCCGCCGCGAGCUGACGUUCCCGCUCCCGUCCCCAGUCCACCCGAGCCUCUCCUGCAUCCCCGAGAUGCUGGCCGACAACCUGACCUCCCACCUGCUGGCCGUGGGCCGCUUCACCCCCGAACAGUGGAGCGUGGCGCCCGACGCCUGCCGACACAUGUUCUCAUUUAUCCUCGUCUUUAUGGGCUCCACGGAGCGGAUGCGCAACCCGCACCUGCGCGCCCAGCUGGCCGCCUGUCUGGAGGUGCUGCUGCCCGACUUUGGAGAGGAGCACGGCCACGGCCUAUUGAGCGCCGGCUACCAGCGACAGCAGCUGUUCCUGUCGCACGAGCUGGCCGACCAGGUAGUGCCCGCCCUGCUGCACGUGUUCGUCAGCAUCGAGAUGACCGGCCAGAGCGUGCAGUUCGAGGAGAAGUUCAACUACCGGCGGCCCAUGUACGUCAUCAUGAAGUACCUCUGGAGCGUCGACCGGCACCGAAACAUGUUCUUCUCUCUGUCGGAGUCGGCCGAACGUGAUAUGGACUCGGCGACACCUCCAAUCUUCCUGCGCUUCAUCAACCUGCUGAUGAACGACGCCGUCUUUCUGCUGGACGAGGCGCUCAGCUACAUGACGCAGCUCAGGGACCAGGUCCAGCAUCGUCAGACUGAGGAGUACAGCGCCCUGCCGGCCCAGCAGCGACACCAGCAGGAGGCCAACUUCCGGCACAUGGGCAUGCUGGCGCGCUUCCACAAUAUCAUGGCGCGGGAGACGAUCAGCGCGCUGGAGAUGCUCACCUCGGGGAUCCGCUCCAUCUUUCUGCAGCCGGCCAUCGUGGACCGCGUGGUGGCCAUGCUCAACUACUUCCUGCUGCAGUUGGUCGGACCCAAACGCAGGGAGCUCAAGGUACGCGACACCUCUGACGACUACGACUUCAAGCCGGGCGAGCUGGUGACUGGUAUCUGCAAGAUCUACACCCAGCUGGAGUGUGAGCAAUUCUGCGCGGCGGUGGCGGCCGACGAGCGCUCCUACUCGCCGCAGCUUUUCACAGACGCCAUCCAAGUGCUCGCGCGGAUCGGCCAGGGCCAGCUGAUCCCUGCCGUGGAGUCGGUGGCCGCUCAGGUGGCCGGCUCGGGCGCCGCGCUCAAAGCCGAGGAGGACCUGGCCGCGCAGGCGCCCGACCACUUCCUGGACCCCAUCAUCUCCAGCCUGAUGGCGGACCCGGUACGGCUGCCCACGUCCGGCAUCAUCUGCGACAGGUCCACCAUCGCACGGCACCUGCUGUCGGACCAGUCGGACCCGUUCAACCGGAAGCCGCUCACCAUGGAGCAGGUGGAGCCGGCCGCCGAGCUCAAGGCGGAGAUCGAGGAGUGGCGCCGACAGAAGCUGGCCGAGCGCUCCGCCGGCGACCGGUGACCUGUGACCCGUGACUGGUGAGCUGUGACCGGUGAUCGGUGCGCGUACCGUGCUGCCGGCCGCUCACAGUGACCGCAGAAACAUUCCAGCCUACGUGGCCUGGAAACCGAAGAGGGUCUACUAGAAAAUGUAUAUACGGCCUGUGAGCGUAACAUUCAGAUUAUCAGCCGGGGUGCGUGGUUUCCCGGGUUAUGAGGCCAGAUAUUGCCAUCCACCAACUCUAUGUGCCGCCCGCCGCGUCUCUGAGCUGCUAGAGUACUUGUCGGAGGCCGCUGGUCGGUCCGUGUGGCAGCGCUCUGAGCGUGUGGCAGCCCUGGAGCCGGUGUUUGCGUGGGGGAUCGGUUUCGCUGUGUGACGGCGGGCUCAGAUCGCUGGUGCAGUCAGUUGCAGUUAUGUUUUAUGUUGUUUAUUACGUGUGGAGUGCACAUCACGUAUGAAAAUUGAUUAUCUAUGAGACAAUACACAACAAGUUGGUGAACAA